AUGCGCUUCACCCUCCUCUCCGCCGCCAUCGCCGCCGCCAUUGGGUGCGCCACGCUGGCCCCGUCGCACGCGGCGCCCGUCGCACCGGACUCGUACAGCAUCCGCGUCAAGAACCUGUACCCGGAGGACACCGUCUACGACCGCACGCGCAACCUCUUCUACCAGUCCAACCUCUGGAAAGGCCGCAUCUCGGUGUGGAACCCGGCCAACUCGGACCACUACAACCUCCUCAUCCCCGGCGUCUCGUCGUCGGGCGACGGCGCCCAGCAGAUGGCCGGCCUCUCGAUCGACACGCGCUCCAACGCCAAGCGCCUCUACGGCGUCGCAAAGGACUCGGCCGCCUUCCGCUUCGGCCCGGACCAGAGCAAGACUGGGCCCUGCUCCUUCCACGCCUUUGACCUGCCCGCCACCGCCGCCUCGACGCCCGUGUGGAGCGUCUACUUUGACGCCGUCCAGCGCCAGUUUGAGGCCAGCACGGGCACGCGCCCCUUUGGGCCCGUCGACUCGGCCCAGGACUCGCAGGGCAACUCGUACGUCGUCUUUGCCCUCGGCAUCCCCGCCAUCGCCAAGGUCUCGCCCGACGGCAAGAACGUAGAGGCCUGGUUCGCCGAGGCCUCCAACGGAAGCCAGCGUCCCGGCUACACGGGCGUCGCCUUUGACUCGAGGACCAACCGCCUGGUCGCCUACGGCGGUCCGCGCCCCAUUACGUCGUUUGACCUCUCGCAGCCCACGGCCACGGCCACCCCCGUCGCCCUCAGCGGCGCCUCGUUUGGCUCCCUCGACGGCACCGAGAAGCUCACUUUCGUCUCGAGCGGCGGCAAGUCGAUCCUUGUCGGCGCAAAGGCGCCCAGCGUCUACGCUUUCACCUCGACCGACGGCUGGAAGUCGGCCAGCGUCAAGAGCUUCACCCGCCCCGAGUUCCAGACCAACUCGCUCACCGUCGUCACCGAGGCGCGCCUCGGCGGCGUCAACGGCAUCUACGGCGGCGGCGCCUACUUUGCCGAGGGCGCAAAGGGCGGCAGGAUCGACAACUGGCUCUACAAGAUCCCCAACUCGAUCCUCGCCUAG